AUUUUCGGCAAUAACCAUAUACGUGGCCCCAAUGGUCCGAAAAUUCUCGCCAUCGAAAGUCAGUUCAACCAAAGUAAUCAAAAACUCUCUUCUUCGAGUCUUCAAAAUCCCCAAACAAAUAGAAAAUCUGAAGAAUCACAAAUCUCCGUAAUUAGUAGGUUUGCUCGAGGAGUAACGACGUCGUUGUAUCGCGAUAUGGCUGUUGCAUCUGAGGAAACCACUAACAUAUGCAGCCACUGUGACAGAGCUAUCCCUUCCUUGAAUAUUGAUUUGCAUUUUGCUCAUUGUUCUCGGAAUCUUGAAAAAUGUAAACUUUGUGGUGACAUGGUCCCAAAAAAGCAUGCUGAGGAACAUUUCUUAAACACUCAUGCGCCGGUGGCCUGUUCGCUAUGCAGUGAGACAAUGGAGCGUGAAGUUCUAGCAAUCCAUAAAGGUGAAAUUUGUCCUCAAAGGAUUGUCACAUGCGAAUUCUGCGAGUUUCCAUUGCCUGCAAUUGAUCUAGCUGAGCAUCAGGAGGUAUGUGGGAACCGGACAGAACUUUGUCAUCUGUGUAGUAGAUAUAUUAGACUGCGUGAAAGAUACAACCAUGAGUCUAGAUGCACUGGUGUGUCAGACAAUAUUGUGGGAUCUUCCAGGGAUGUGAGAGCAGCUGAAAGAGCACCAGGUGCUCCAAGAAGGCAGCCACAUGAUUAUUCAUCACGGAGACGGCUUUUUUUCACCAUUGCAAUAACAGGCAUUGCUGUUAUACUAGGAUCACUUCUUUUCCAGAGGAAAACAGGGAAUAAUCAAGUGCAUUAGCAGCAGAGAAGGUACACUUUAGGGUUUAUGUAAAUCACAGCUCCAAGGCUAUUUAUUUCCAUUUGUCUGGAUCUGUAAUCAACUGAGAGCUUACUGUUGUUACUGUAUUAAACUCAUUGGGAUUGUGAUAGUGCAUUGACAGCUUGCGUUCUGGUAUCGUUCAUUGGAAAUUAGCUUCAGCAUUUGUUCGCGUAAAAAAUGGGCUUUUGUAAAGUUACGUUCUUGUAAUUGCUGGGAAUUCCACUUCUGUCAAUUUACUAUCA